AUGAAAUAUCCAAAGAAGCCCAGUAAUGGAGAGACAGCUGGUAAUACAGCCCUCCGUGGUUAUGAAGGGAAAUCAACUGCUACAAAUAUGAACGAAGGAAAUUUUAUCCGAUCUGUACGACUCGUGACUGAAUUUGAUCCAAUUAUAUAA